AUCACAAGUAUUUUCUUCAUUAUAUAUCUUUUCAAUUCAUAGACACAGUACUUUUUUUUCUUCUUCGUCUUCUAUAAAGUUGAUUAAUGCAUUGUGAUAGGAGAACAAGAAGAGGCCAUACCUAUUAUUACCUACUACUCUCUCCAAACAUCAAAUGCACAACACACCACAGGACAAAAAAAUCUUUCUCUCAUAUAUUAAUUACAUGGUACUAGUAUACAUCUAGACCCUCUUUAACCCAUUACCAAUUCAAGAUCUUGUCUUUUUUUCUUAACAACAAGAUCCAAAAUUCUGAAAAAUCCACUCACACUACACAAGAAAGAAAUGCUGUCAACAACUCUUAGUGGGAAUUAUGGCUUCCCUCUGUGCAUCUCUGGGAUCACUCAGCAAUUAAGUCUCUCCAAAGAAAUGGCAGAUCAUGACAAGAGAAGGAAGGUGAUACAGCGGAAAAGGAGAUCAGGAGGUAAACAUGAGUGCAUGAGCCAUGGUGAAGAUGAUGCGGAGAGGCUUCAAGAGAUGAGAGAGAAUAAAGAUGUUAGAGAUCUAGUUGAUUUACUACAAGAUCUAGGCUUGUGGAGCUUUUCUUCUCACACAGCCAAAGCUGCUUAGUGGUUUCCUCUUAUUACAAGAUCUAUCUAGUAGGCUCAAGUUGCUUUCCUUCUCACGCAGCUAAAGCUGCUUAGUGUAAAAGAAAUUCAAAAGCCUUUUCAUUUAGAUCUCACUGAGUUAAAUGUUUCUUGUAGAACUGCAGAUCAAAAUCCUUAGCUGGAAAGUAUUUAAGUUAUUCAGGAUGUUUUUUAUUGUUGUUGUUAACACGUUCAUUUGUCGUUGGCGUGAUGUUCUUUUGGCCUUAUCCUUGUAAUUUGGUUUUUACUUAUAGCUUUUUUGCUUGAUAAUUACUAUUUGGAUA